AUGUCGCCUCUCCUCUCCACCGAAGAGGCGCAGGCGCUGUCGCACGACCGCAGCGGCCCUCGCGUGCGCUUCCUCGACGCGUCCUGGUACCUGGACAAGAGCCGAGACCCCAAGAGCGAGUUCGCCUCGCAGCGCCUUCCGGGCGCCCAGUUCUUCGAUAUUCAGACGAUCGCAGACGGGACGUCGGAUCUGCCGCAUAUGGUGCCCACAGCGGAGACGUUUGAGACGGCUAUGGCGCGUCUGGGCGUGCAAAACGACGAUACGGUUGUGGUCUACGGCGGCCGCAAUUGCUUCAGUCCCGCGCGCUGCUGGUGGACGUUUAAGCUCUUUGGGCACGACAGUGUGCACAUUCUCAACGGAGGGAUCACCAAGUGGGCAAAAGAGGAACGUCAAGUGGAAACGGGGGAGCCGCAAAAGGUGGCAGCGGGCGCCCCGUACAAGGCCCGUGUCAACGAAGCUCUUGUUGUGUCGUGGAAGGACGUGCUGGCCAAAAUUGGCUCGGACACGCAGAUCCUGGACGCGCGGGGAGCCGUGCGCUUCUACGGCAAGGACCCGGAGCCACGCCCAGGCAUGCGUGCGGGACACAUUCCAGGAUCUACCAACGUGCCGUAUGACAAGAUUGUCCACUCAGACGACUUCUCGCUAUUCCGAGACCUUGCUGAUAUCGAAAGCGCCUUCGCCGAAGCGAAUGUCAAGGUGGACGACACUAGUCCGGUCAUUACCACCUGCGGAUCUGGAGUGACUGCGAGCAUUCUCACCUUCGGCCUGCAUUUGAUCGGCAAGCCACUGGAGAAGGCGCCCGUGUACGACGGAUCGUGGUCGGAGUGGGGUCAGCGUAGCGACCUCCCUAUUGAAAAGUAG